GACGGAAGGAAGCUGGGUUCUGCGAGCCAGCCAGCUAGCUGUUACUUGAGUCUCCCGGAGUCCCCCCGUAGUUUCUCCAAAUCCGGGUCGGUUGCCCUUUCCUGGGUUUUGGUGCUGGAGAGGAGGAAGACUGGGAGAGAAUGGCGGCGGCGGUGGUGGCGGCGGCCCGGGUUUUGAAGCGCAAGGCUCCCCGCGGCUUCCUGAAGAGACUCAUCAAGAGGCAGAAGCCUCAGUUGCACCUCAGGUCUGGCCUCGAUCUCUUGGUACAUUUGAACUGUUUACUAUUUCUUCAACGAUUAGCAGAAGAGACCAGGAUGCAAGCUUUUCAGAACAAGAGUAAGAUAAUUAAGGAAAAGCAUAUUUGUCCUGCAGCAAAGGUGAUUUUAAAGAAGAGUAGGGGUUAAAGACUAAAGACCGUGUUUUUUGAACUGUAUAAUAUUAUUUUGUUAAGUCUUAAUAAAGAAGUGCUUUUUGACAACUUUUAAAAAUAUGGGACAUUAACUUCAUAGGCUUGGCAAGCUUUUAUAUAUGCUGUUGUUGAAUUUGUAACCUAGGUAAAUUUCAUCUUAAAGUAAAAUGAUAAAUAGAGCAUAGCUGUUUUUCCAUAAUUGUCAUGUAAG